UAAAAAGCAGCUUACUAGUGCCGAACGAUUUCAGUCGCAUCGCUGACAGCUGCCAAAACGAGUGCAACGCGAACGAACGCUAGUAGACAGACCAAAUAUCUUAAAUUUCAAAUACACAAGACAAGUAAAGCGUGCGCGCUCAAACACACACAAACACACUUUAAAGUGGAAAAAGAAAUAAUGGUAAUCCUACGCCCACUACCCGACGAUUUGGCCAAGAAAGCCAGCGAGGAGCUGAAUGAGAAGUGUGACGACAAUGACUAUUAUGUGAAUACGUUGCGCGAAUGGGCCGAGAAGCAGCCCUUUUUGCGCGCACGCACCGAUGAUCAAUUCCUGAUGGCAUUCCUGCGCGGUUCGAAGUUCAGCUUGGAGAAGGCGAAACAAAAAUUGGAAAACUUUUACAUACUGCGCGCGGCUAUGCCAGAAAUGUUUCGCAAUCGGAAUUUGAGUGAGCCCAAGUACGAGGCGAUCAUUAAGUCGGGAAUUAUUGAAGAAAAUUUCUAUGUGCACGGUAACAAUCUCGAGGAACUCUACAAAUACGUGCCGAAACAUGUGCUUCCGAAAGAAUAUGGCGGCGACUGUGAUCUGCAGACUCUACAAGCUGAGUGGUGGCAAAAAUUGAAUGAUUACAAAAAAUUUUUUGAAGAAGAAGAAGAACAAUAUGGCAUAGCUGAAGGUUACGAACGUCUAAAGCAAGUGAAGGAUCUCAUUGCGGACACUAGCGUAUUACAGGGUACUGAAGGCUCUUUUCGGCAAUUGGAGGUGGACUAAAGAAACAACGGAGUUACUUCAGUCAGUAAUGAUCAGCAACCAAAGCAAUUAGCAGAAUAUUUUAAAAUUUUUGUACUUUAUUUACUUAUUACUUAUUUAAU